CUUACGCUGAUUCCACCGGUGCGCUACAAUAAGGUGCAAUCGACGCUUUGUCGAGGAGGGCGGCCAACCUUGCAGAACUUGCUAUUUUUGGAGACGUUUCACUUGAACACGAUCAUCUCUUUGACACCACAAUCCAUCUACAAUGAGGAUACAGAGAGCAGCAAGAAUAUUAUCGAGCUUAUUGAGGCUAGGGGCAUCAACUAUGUGCACUUUGCUACAGACUCGUCGGCUAAAGAUAAGGGAAAAAACAGGGAGAUUCCUAUUACACACGAACAAGUGACGCAGAUACUCGAGAUCAUUCUACGAAAAGACAGCGGAAACACGUACUUGCAUUGCACAAACGGUGGCCAGAUAACGAGCUUGGUUGUGGCAUGUUUGCGGAAAGUCCAGCUGUGGUCCAACGUGAGCAUCUUUGACGAGUUUAUUUGCUACAGUUCGAGCGCCAAUCACAACGACCGGAUCUUUGUGGAAGAGUUUGUACCCAGGUUGAAGGUCCCGAAGAAGUCAGACCGAAUGGCAUGGCUU